CUUUAACCUUCCCUCUCUCACUUCACAUCUGGAGGGGGUUCUACCGCAGAUCUGUGACUCCUCGCCUGCUAUGGGACAGCCUCAGCUUGGACCAGAUAUCACGCUUCGGUUCUUUUCAGCAAAUACUGUUCCACUUUUAGGACAGCUUUUAGGGGUAAAGUAGUGUAGUAACUCUGCUGCAUGAUUUGCGGUUGGCUGUUAUGUUGGACAGAGCUCGCACUGAGUUUCCAGAGUCAAGGACAGAUCAACAGUAGACAUGGACUUUCCAAAGCAUUCCAUCCUGCAGGCCUUCAGUGUGAUGCUCUUGGUGUGGAUGCUGGUACGUUGCCAGACCCCAGUGGAACCUGAGGAAGAAGAAGAGGAAGAGGCGGUAAAGGAAGCUGACACUGCAACACUGGUAACAACUGAAUGCCCUUCAGAAUGCAGCUGCACAACAGAGGGAACAGUGGACUGUGCAGGAGUUGACCUGACAGAGUUCCCCGAAGAGCUGCCUAAUAAGAUCCGCCAACUUUCUCUACAGAACAACAAAAUCAAGAAAAUAACAGUGGAGCACAUUUCCCAUCUGCAUCAGCUCGAGACUCUCAACCUCCAAAACAACUGGCUCACCACAGAGGGCCUUGAAGAUGAAGGUUUUGAAAUGCUUGAAGAGCUGGCUUAUUUGUACCUGGCUAACAACAAGCUCUCCUCUGCACCAAGAGUCCUGCCGCCGUCUUUGGUCAGCGCUGAUUUUGCUGCUAAUCAGCUCUCCAGGAUCUACCCAUACACAUUUGGUCAUAAACCAAAACUAAGGUCUGUGUAUCUCCAUAACAACAAGCUGACAGAUGAAGGACUUCCCGAUAACAUGUUCAAUGCUUCUGACACGCUGGAGAUCCUCACCAUAUCCAGCAACUUCCUGAGGGUCGUUCCCAGCAAUCUGCCAGCCAGUCUUCUCCGACUUCAUCUGAAGAGUAACAGGCUGGAGAAAAUUCCAACAGGGGCCUUUGAGGACUUGCGAAACCUUCGAGAGCUUUAUCUCCAGAACAACCUCCUCACCAAUGAUGGGAUGGACAACGAGACUUUCAGCCAGCUGAGUAGCCUUGAGUAUCUUGACUUGUCAAAUAACAACCUGAGCGUUGUUCCUAAGGGUUUGCCUCGCAACCUGGUGCUGCUGCACCUGGAGAAGAACGCCAUCCGCAGCAUUCCUGGAGACGCUCUCAUCUCUGUACGGAACAUUGAAUACCUGCUUCUACACAAUAACAAGCUGCGCUCCCGCUCUAUACACCCAAUGGCCUUCCAGGGUUUGAAGAAGCUGCACACUCUUCAUUUGUAUAAUAACUUGCUGGAACGAGUUCCCAGAGGCUUACCUCGGCGAGCCAAGACUCUCAUGCUGCUCCACAACUUUGUUUCUGAAAUUGGCCGCAAUGACCUGUCUUUGCUGUAUACCCUGACUGAGCUCAAUCUGAGCUACAACAAACUGACCAACACAAAGAUUCACCGUGACGCCUUCAGAAAGCUGCGCAUACUGGAAACUCUGGACCUGUCUGGAAAUGCCCUUCAUGCCAUACCCCUGGGCCUUCCGCACAGUCUGAAGGUUCUGGAGAUCAAGAACAACCAGCUCAGUGCUAUACCAUAUGGAGCCCUGGCAGGAAUGCAGAAGCUGCAGAAGUUGAUCCUGAGUGACAACAAACUAAAACUCAACUCAGCUUACCAAGGAGCCUGGAUGGAGCUAAGUGCACUCACAACACUAGACCUUUCUGGUAACCAGCUAACACACAUCCCAUCAGACCUUCCUGAGUCUCUGGAGUAUCUUUACCUGCAAAGCAACCGGAUCUCCAGUGUUCCUGCUUCAGCGUUUGAAGGCACUCCAAACAUUAAAGGCAUCUUCCUUCGGUUUAACCGGCUGUCUGUGGACUCUGUAGACGAGAGCUCCUUCGCCCACCUCGUCAACUUGCAGGUGCUGGACUUUGGGACGGGAAACGCAGAGCUGUCCUCAAAAAAAGAUGAGAAAGAAGGUGGAGAGGUGAUAGAGCAGGAAAAAUAGAGAACUGGACUGCAUGUUUCAGACAACAGAACAGGCUUUUAAACAGGACGGAACCUGUGAAUGUUUUUGUUUUCUUUUUUUUAUAUAUCUCUAUCUUUAAAUCAUGCUGAGAUGCAGAGCCACAUAUUUCUGGUGCAGGAUACCGGAUGGAAGUUCAUUUUGUUUAAACCGAACUUUAAAAAUUGCUUUUGAUUGUUCAUAUGCAAUCUUUAUCUUUAAAAAAAGAAACUGAAAAAAAGAAAAGAAAGAAGGAAUACUUCAUAAAUGCAUCUGAACACCAACUUGGGAAGAAACAAGAAAAAUGAGUCACUUUCUGUUUUCCUCUUCAUUUUUAUGUCAUUUUGAAAAUGGCUGCUCUGUCAGCAAUAUUACCAAUGCAAUCUACUUGGAUUUGUUAAAGCAAAUAUAGCAACCAAAAUACUCAUUUUGUUAUUAAAACCACAGAAACAGUUGAAUCGAACAUAGAAAUCAGGGACAUAUUUCCAUGUUAUUGUUCUUGGAUAUUUUACAUAGCUAAUUACAGACCAACACAAACCUGACAAGAUUUGUUUUGAUGUUAUUAUUCAGCAAUGUAACAAAAGUCUAAACAUUUUAAGUUAUUUUAAGCCAGAGUAGUAAUAAAACAACUACAGAGUAAGAUUUUUGUGGUUGAGCAGCAGCCUUUCAUUGUACUGCCAACCUCAAAUGGACUCAUAGAUGUGAUCUUUUAAAGACUGGUGGACUUUCUCCCAGUCAAAGGUUGUGUGAUCAUAAAGUAUAACAAAUGUUCUCAGUAUGUCCAUGGGUUCAGUUUUCCUACUUGUAAACCAGAACAUUUGAUUUGCAAGACCCAGUGCAUCAGGGCCGUAAGGAUACACACACUCUGCUUUGAAGUCCCAGUUUGAUAUGGGUUUGGUAAAAGAGGAAAAAAUGACACCAAAUGCUAGAUUAAACUACACCUUGGCAUAAAAUAACCUUCAAAAACAGACAUGGAGAACCUCUCCUGCACUUCGGAGGAAAAUGGUUUUGCUCAACAAGUAAAGAUGAUUUAUUACCUAAUGAUUUCUCUUUAACAUUCUAAGCAUUUAAACAGUUUUCAUCCAAAUUAAUAUCAACAGUGCUCUACAGACCGUCUCAAACAAAAAAUUGAAAACUGAACAGUAUCUAAUUUUCUGAAGAAAUAGUCAAAUAAAUUACUAAUUAAGAUAAGGUUAGCUUAUCAACCUUAUCUUAGUGAAAAACAAAAGGCCACAUGGAACUGAAAAAUCUGAGUCCAAAAAUACUUUCAUAACACCACUUCAAAACAGCAUGGCUUCCUGCAUGUCAUCAUGAAUUAUUAUCAGUCAAUCAUGCACUGCUAUGGUGUGGAGUUCUUCAGAUUUCUUCUCCAUCUGCACAUUUUCUGUGGCUGGUAUUGAAAGAAAACAAUCAAAACCAUGCACAUACUCUCCUGGGUGACAGUGGUGGCUGCCUUUAAAAUAAAUAUUCUUCAGCUGAUUGUAUGCCCCAGUCAAUAUUAUAUUACAUUGUAGUAUAAAAUAAAUUUAUCUAGAUAAAAUGUCUCCUUUCUCCAACGAGAAAUGGCAAAAAGGUAAAUCGACAUAUUGGAUAUGUUUCGGCAUCUUUAUAUGCUCAAACUAAGCUGUGACCAUGAGUUUAGUUGUAAUGUAGUGCUGUGUAAUCCUAACCAAUCAAAGUUAGUCACAUUUAUCAUUUUAAUUGCAGCCACAAUUAAAAUGAUAAAUGAUCAGACUUAUGCCUCAUACAUAGCCUGGAAAACAUUUCAAUAUCAGCACUGAUCUGAAGCCAGAACCUCUUUAAUGUUACACUAAAUGCAGCCAAUGACUUACUUCUGUGUAAAAAAUAAAUAAUGAGCUAUGCAUGUUCUUAUUAUUUUCAGUAUCAUGCUGUAUUUUUGGAUGAAAUAAUUCAAUCAAAAGAAAAAAAUAAUAAAACCCUUAUCAAUAUAGCUGAGGAAAACGUUCCUGCUGCUCUUCCUUUAUGCCCCAGCCUGUUUUCCACCAAGAUAUCAAAUAUUUCCUAUCAAAUUAAAAUGCUUAACUAACAUAUAACUUUCAUCACAUUACUAUGAACACAGUCACUUGCACAUAUUGUAGCCUUGUAUCGUCACAUAGAGUAUUACAGUCAUUCAAAAAAGCAAUAAAUCAUUGAAAACAAU